CCGCAGUCUGCGCGCGCACGCGUUUCGUGUUUGACGUGUGUAUUGUCAAAAGUUCAAAACGCUCGCGACACUCGCACCGAUUUCGUAACGUUCUGUGCCAGUGAAUUUCAAUAUUUACCUUUGUUAUUUAAUUAAAACAGACUUGUGAUGGAUAUAAACGAUCGAAAAGUAAAUUCGCGCACGCAUUCGAUCACAAUGAAUCGUGAUUCCAAGUUUAUUUUGCGAAAAAUCAUAAUGGAUUUCGCGAUUCUCUUUUGCAUUGGCUUCCUCAUACUGUCGUUCUACCUGUGGGGCGCCCCAUACAAGCGGGGCUUCUUCUGCGACGACGAGUCCCUUAAACAUCCAUACCGGGAGUCCACCGUGACCAACCUCAUGCUGUAUAUAGUUGGCCUAUGCCUUCCAGUUGUUACGAUGUGCCUUACGGAAUGGAUACACCUCCGAGACCACAAGAGUGGCCGCCCGCGGGAACUUAUGGGAAGGGAGAUCCCCACAUGGGUGUGGGAGGCCUACAGAGUCGUCGGCGUGUUCCUGUUCGGCUGCGCCUGCCAGCAGCUCACCACCGACAUCGCCAAAUAUACCAUCGGGAGGCUGCGGCCGCACUUCUUCGAUGUCUGCCGGCCGAACAUAAACUGCACCGCGCCCGAGAACAAAUGGCGGUACAUCGUAGACUUCGAAUGUCUUCGCACGGACGAGCCCAAACUAAUCAAGGAGAUGCGGCUCUCGUUCCCUAGCGGCCAUUCUUCUUUCUCCGCGUACACUAUGCUGUAUUUCUCGUUGUACCUCCACAAGCGCUUCACAUGGCGUGGCUCCAAGCUGCUCCGUCACGCGAUCCAGUUCGUGCUGAUCAUGCUGGCAUGGUACACCGUCAUGACACGAGUAUCCGACUACAAGCACCACUGGAGCGACGUGAUGGCCGGCUUUAGCAUCGGCCUGCUGGUGGCCGUGGUUGUUUUCACAUUCGUGUCAAACCUCCGCAAGACACCACGGAACCGGCAACCCGUUAGCCACCACGACUCUGAGCUGCAGACCAACGGCAACACCCGCUCGGCCUCCGGUUGGCGCGUUUGACAGUCCGACGAAGAGUGACCGCAGCAGCAGGUCAUCUCCCACGAGUAUUGACCCGCAAGUGUAGCUUAAUUGAACUCUCAGCUUGAUUACAACGCCAUCUGUGUUGGGUACUUGGUACUA